CCUCCUCCUCCUUUCCUGCUUCCCCUCUACAGGCCGUUCCGGCUCUAACCACCUCCACCCUGCAGGUGGAGCUCCCGGAGCCUCGAAGGCUGUGCGGCGUCCUCCCUCUGGCCGUCGGCCCCGCCCUCUCCAUCCCACCCUUAGCCGCCCCGCCCCAUCCUAUCCCAUCCCAUCUCUUUCGGUUCGGUUGUUCUGUGGUUAGAGGAAGCUGCCUGCCGGGCCAGAAAAUUAAAUGUCGUCAGAAGACCGAGAAGCCCAGGAGGAUGAAUUGCUGGCCUUGGCAAGUAUUUACGAUGAAGAUGAAUUUAAAAAAGCAGAGUCUGUUCAAGGUGGAGAAACCAGAAUCUGUUUGGAUUUGCCCCAGAAUUUCAAAAUAUUUGUGAGCGGCAAUCCAACGGAGUGUCUCCAGAAUGGUGGCUUUGAAUAUACAAUUUGCUUUCUGCCUCCACUUGUGCUGAAUUUUGAACUUCCACCAGAUUAUCCAUCAACCUCCCCUCCAGCAUUCACCCUCAGUGGCAAAUGGCUUUCACCAACUCAGCUAACUGCUUUGUGCAAGCACUUAGACAACCUGUGGGAAGAACAUCGUGGCUGUGUGGUCCUGUUUGCCUGGAUGCAGUUUCUCAAAGAAGAAACCCUAGCAUACCUGAACAUUGCCUCUCCCUACGAGCUCAAAAUGGGCCCCCAGGGGAAUGUACAGAGCAGGACAUCUCUGGCUCCUCCUAACUCAGAACUAGAUUUUGGGGGGGCAGCUGGCACUACAGUAGACCAGGAAGAAUUUGUGGAUGAGAGAGCUGUGCAGGAUGUGGAGUCUUUGUCCAGCCUGAUACGGGAAAUCUUAGACUUUGAUCAAGCUCAGCAGAAAAAAUGCUUUAACAGUAAGAUGUACCUGUGCAAUAUCUGCUUUUGUGAGAAGUUGGGCAGCGAGUGUAUGUACUUCCUGGAGUGCAGGCAUGUCUACUGCAAAGCCUGUUUGAAGGACUACUUUGAAAUCCAGAUCAGGGAUGGCCAGGUGCACUGUCUCAACUGUCCAGAACCAAAGUGCUCCUCUGUUGCUACUCCUGGCCAGGUCAAAGAACUGGUGGAAGAAGAGUUAUUUGCACGUUAUGACCGUCUUCUUCUACAGUCUACUUUGGACUUGAUGGCAGAUGUAGUAUAUUGUCCCAGGCCAUGCUGUCAAACUCCUGUCAUGCAAGAACCAGGAUGUACCAUGGGCAUCUGUUCUAGUUGCAAUUAUGCCUUCUGUACACUUUGUAAAAUGACUUAUCAUGGAGUUUCUCCAUGUAAAGUAACUGCAGAAAAGCUAAUUGACUUGAGAAAUGAGUAUCUUGAAGCAGAUGAAGCCAAUAAACGAUUUUUGGAACAGAGGUAUGGUAAAAGGGUGAUUCAGAAAGCACUAGAAGAAAUGGAAAGUAAAGAGUGGCUAGAAAAGAACUCAAAGAGCUGCCCUUGCUGUGGUACCCAUAUAGAGAAAUUAGAUGGGUGUAACAAGAUGACAUGUACUGGCUGUAUGCAAUAUUUCUGCUGGAUUUGCAUGGGUUGUCUGUCUAGAGCAAACCCUUAUAGACAUUUCAAUGAUCCAUCUUCCCCAUGCUUUAACCGGUUAUUUCAAGCUGUGGAUAUUGAUGGUGACAUUUGGGAAGAUGAGAUUGAAGAUUAGUUAAACUACUUUAUUGCUCAAAGCUAUAGAAGUGGAAUGGUUUGCCCUAUUCUUUUGUCAAGUACAGUGUGUAACCCUGCAGGAGGUUUAGAGAACCAUUCAUUCUUCCCAUAUAGGAAAUGUGGAAGAACAUGGUUUUAUUUUCAUUUUCUGCUGAUUAAGGCACGUGUAUAAUUUUCCAGUGUUGUGUAAUGUGAACAAUUAUAAGCCAAAGGUUUUGGAAAACAUUAGCAAAAACUAGAAAAAGUGUUCAAUAUCAUAAUGUGCCCCAGGUUCUGAACUAUAAAUGUUUUCUUUGUUACCCAGGCUCAAAGGGAGAGGGAUCAAAAUGAUAAUAUUUUAAAGGCCUUUUUCUUAUCUCUAAGGCAUCUUGCUCUUGAGGGCAUCAAAUCAAAAGCACAUUCCUUGGGGUUAUUUCCCACUGGAGCCACUCAGUACUACUCUUUAUACUCUAGGGGAUACUGUUAAAGCAUAGCUUAAAAUGUGCUCUUACCCUCCAUUUCCAGGUCACAUACCUGCCAUAUCAGUUCCAGAAGUAGGAAUCUUAGUUCCUGCUAAGUUGAUAUAGUUGAAAAGUGAUAAAGUUCUAAAUUUUCAGUUGAUCAGAUCUUCCAGUGGCCUCUUGUGCUUCUGGAUUUUAAAAUGAAAAGAGCAUUUGGACAUUUUCCCAGUUUAUCUGAAAUAACUUUUUUUCCUGGUAUCACAAGUAUUUGUGGAUCAUAUAAAACCUAUUUUCUUAUUUAUUGAUCCAACAUAUUUGGGCCAAAUGUAGAGUUCAGUGAAUUGUUAUGGAAUCAGAAGAACAUGAGUGAAUUCCUUCACUUUUAAAAUUAUGAUUUAUAUUUUAUUCUAUUUCAUUUUUAUUUGCAGUAAAAUUAAACAGUGACUUUCCUCACUCAUCUACUUCCCUCUUAGCCUAUCUCUCACACAUACCUUUUUAGUUAGGUUAGUGAUUUAUGCAAACUGAUCUUAAUAUUAUCCUGAGCAAAGUAUAUUAUGAAUGAAAUCAGUGAGGCAGAGAGAGAGGUUUCUUUUAGUUAAAUCUAAGGGGAGGGUGGGAAAAACAGAUAUGGGUAAAAUAGAUUUCCAAGGUGAAUAAAAAUAAUAUUUUUAGUUAUCUGCUGCCUGUGACUGUUUAGAAUGCUAUUCCCCUGUUAGUUGCUAAUCAAGGUGAUAGUUCCAACUCUGACUUUGAAUUCUGCUUUUGAAAACCAUAUUUUCUGCAAUGAUUUAGAGUGUUUAGUUUGAAAUACAUUGCCUUGCUAUUCAGUUUUUGCAAACUUUUAGAAAGCAACUGGUUUUUUCCUCCUGUAGUUGGUAGGAGUGACGUGAUAGCAUAGUUACUAUAAAGUUUCAAGUAAAUUUUUCUGUCUGAAGGCCCACAGUAGCUUCAUUUACUGUUUGUGAAGCUAGUCCUUUUCCAUCUGCAUGCAACUUAUUAAAAAUAAAAUUAGCAUUUUUGUUUUACUGUGAUUAUAGGGUUACAUUUUGGACCAUAUAGCUUUUAAUUGGCAAUAGAAUUGUUAGCUUUCCUUUAGGUGAUUUGUUUAUGCAUCCCAUGUUAAGAAAGGGUAAUUUGGCCAUCUAUUAGCUAUCAUGAGCUAAGUUCUUGCCAAUUCAAUCCUAAAGCAAUUUGUCCACACUAGAUAAAUGGGUAUAAUAAUUGAAUACUUAGGAAGAAGGCAAAACAAAAUCAUAGAAUGAUCCUGUUUUUUCCCUGGACUUCUUAUUGGAGUUUCUAGGACUUGUGUUUUGAUAAAAACAAUGUUUUCAAGAACAGUACCUUUUACAUAUAUUAAAUUCACUUUUUAAAAAUAAAUUGCAAUAAAUGUGAAUUCAGAAAACAUUAUCUGGUGUAUAUUAGUGUGGCUGCUGAGUGUAAAAAGAAUUAAGUUCUGGUUUUUAAGCAGCAAUUGGUCCCUUCAGAUUGGGUGCUUAAAUCUGUUAAAUUAUCUGAUUUUUCCAAAUUAUUGUAUUAGUUGAGGCUACUGCAUAAAAUACACUAUUAUGAGUAGAAGCAGGGAAGCUCUCUUCGUGUGACAUGAGAAUACUUCCAAAUGUAAUAGAAUGUUCUAAGAUUUAAAGUCUUUACCCUUAACCAUAGACAUUGGAAGUAGAGAAUAUUUUUUGGCAUGAUUUAUAACUUCGUUUUAAUAUAGCUUCAACUUUUAGCUUCUACUUGUUUUAUUAAGUGACUGGAAAAAAUAAGAUAAUGAUUUUUAUGGGUGGGAAAUGCUUUGAAAAGAGAUUCUUCUUCUAGAAAGUAGGUAGUAGAGAAAAGAAAUUUUAUUUAUGUUUAUAGUUUGGUUUCGUGAAAGCUUGGGUUCCUGAGCAACAUGCUUAACUGAAUCCCAAUAAAAACUUCUGAGUAUUUGUGACAGAAA